UUAUUAGUUUUUUUUAAUCGUUAUCACUAAAACGAACGUAAUACAUAGCUUCUCGCGAGAAUACGUCUUCACCCUGAAAAAACACUAGUGACGGACGAGCGAUUUCGCGGGAACAAAUUCGCCUGCCUGUUGACAGGGAUUUUACUUUGUGACAUCUGAUAUUGUGACUUUGUACCUUAUUUAGGGUAACCAUCAGCUGAAAAACGACUUUCCGGCUUCAAAAGUGAGGUUUUUGAAACAUUCUCAUCGUUGCAUUGUUGGAAAAAUCAUGUUCUCCCAUCUGAGCGUGCAGAAAGAGGGCUCCUCUUUGCUCUGCCGCCCUACCUCUGAGGAGCAGGAGCCGGUGUUUGACAGGGAGUCUCUGGCCUACACUCCCUGCACCGACCGCUACAAAGUCGGAGAACGGAGCUUCAGUCGCCAGUAUGCUCAUAUUUACGCAGCACGACUUAUGCAGAUGAGACCUCUGCUCACGAAAGCAGCUCAGCAGAUGUGGGGAUCAGAUGUUGUUAUUAGCAAGCUGUGUGAUCUACAGACAGGGGUACAAUGCUGCAUCGUGGGGACUUUGUUCAAGCGAAUGGAUUUGCAGCCAUCUAUUCUGAAAGAAAUCAGCGAGGAGCACAACCUGCUGCCUCAACCUGCACGGGCCAAAUACAUUAGUGAAGCGGAUGAGUUGAUUCUCGAGGAUGAGCUCCAGAGAAUCAAAUUAGAGGGCAAAAUUGACAGGGAUAAGUGUGUCACAGGUAGUGUUAUUGCAAUAUAUGGAACUGAAAGGAAUGAUGGCAAGUUCACAGUUGAGGACUUUUGCACAGCUGAUCUCCCUAUGCAGACACCACGGCCUUCACUCAGCUCUGAUCGGUUUGUGCUCCUGGCCUCAGGACUUGGUCUUGGUAGUAGUAGUGCUGACAGCAUGCUGGGGCUUCAGUUGCUGAUUGACAUGGUAACCGGGCAGCUGGGAGAUCAAGGGGAGCAGAGAAGUGCGGCAACAAUCGCCAGAGUCCUACUUGCUGGAAACCUUUUAAGCCAAAACACGCAAGACAAAGAUGCGUCAACAAAGGCAAAGUAUCUCACCAAGAAGACACAAGCUGGGAGUGUGGAUGCCAUUCGCUUGUUGGAUGAGCUGCUUCUUCAGUUAGUUGCCUCCGUUUCUGUGGAUGUAAUGCCAGGGCAGUAUGACCCCACCAACUACACCCUCCCACAGCAGCCACUGCACCGCUGCAUGUUCCCCUUGUCUUCGGUGUAUCCCACAUUACAUCUGACGUCUAAUCCAUACCAGGCUAACAUUGAUGGUGUGAGGUUCCUGGGCACGUCAGGCCAGAAUGUUUGUGACAUUCAGAAGUACAGCAGCAGGGACAGUCACCUGGAAAUACUGGAGGAAACACUUCGACUCAGACACCUGGCCCCCACGGCACCUGAUACUCUAGGUUGUUACCCAUUUUACCAAAAAGACCCUUUCAUCUUGGAAGAGUGUCCGCAUGUUUACUUCAGCGGCAACGCCCCAGCUUAUGAGUCCAAACUCAUCACAGGUCCUGAUGGUCAGGAAGUCCUUUUAGUUACUGUCCCAGAUUUCAACAGCACCCAAACAGUUUGCCUGGUUAACCUACGUACUCUUCAGUGUGAACCUGUGACUUUCUCGGCCUUCACUGCUGAUGAUGAGGACAGUGAAAUGAACAUCAGCCACUAAGGAUACACAUCCACACACUGCAUAGAAUGCAUUCUAAGGCUGAUGUAUUGUGAAAAGUUAAAAUGGCCUUGUAAGGCUGCUAAAAAGAGAAGAGACAUCCAUUUUGUAUUAACAAGCCUUUAUUUGACAAAUAACUCUUCUAACACAGCUUUUCUGAGGGAAACGUGACACAAAACUUUCUCUCCCCCUGACUCUGUUACCAAGAAACUCUUUUAAAAUCUUCAUGUCUGUGUGUACUGUAAAAACAUUUCUACCAUAUUUGACGACAGUGUAAAUAAUUCAGCUGUAUUUUUUAUGUGCAUCUACAAUAAACAUCUUUUCAUGAA